GGGAUGCGGGACCGCCUGGCCGAGUUGGCAGCGCGUACCCAAAAUGACGAUGGAGAGGCAACUGUUGUUGUCGAAAAUGACCAUUAUAUGGAGGACUUCUUCCAACAGGUUGAGGAAGUCAGAAAAUACAUAAGCAAAAUAGCAGACGUUGUGGAAGAAGUGAGGAAGAAACACAGCAUUAUUCUUUCUGCCACACAUCCUAAAGACAAAAUAAAGGAGGAGCUUGAAGAACUGAACAAAGAACUCAGGAAAACAGCAAACAUCGUUCGUGCUAAAUUGAAAACCAUAGAACAAAACUUAGCUCGGGAGGAGAAUGUUAAUCGAACUUCAGCGGAUCUCAGAAUACGAAAAACACAGCACUCAGUGUUGACCCGGAAGUUUGUGGAAGUCAUGACAACAUAUAACGGAACCCAGACUGUCUUUCGGGAGCGCACCAAAGAUCAGAUACGCCGGCAGUUAGAAAUAACUGGAAAAACCACAACUGACGAAGAACUCGAAGAAAUGUUGGAAAGUGGCAAUCUUUCCAUUUUCACUUCUGACAUUAUUUUGGACACCAAAAUUACUAGAGAAGCUCUUGAUGAAAUUGAGUCGCGUCACAAAGAUAUCAUAAAACUGGAAUCCAGUAUACAGGAGCUGCAUGAAAUGUUUAUGGACAUGGCAAUGCUUGUAGAGGUUCAGGGUGAAAUGGUCAACAGCAUAGAGAAGAAUGUGAUGAAUGCCACCGACUACGUAGAGCAUGCGAAAGAAGAGACCAAAAAAGCGGUUAAAUAUCAAAGCAAAGCCCGCAGGAAAUUGAUGUUCAUAAUAAUUUGUGUAUCUGUCUUGAUUGUAAUCAUUGGGAUUGUCCUAGCAGCGACCUUCUCAUAAGCGACCGGCACGUUCCAGGCGUUUGGGAUCUUCUCAAUCACACAUGCAGGGAAACCAAGCGGGCCUUGUUCUUGUAAAGAUGCCUUCUCUUGCCUUAAUGAGAUUUUCUUUUUCAGGAUCGGCCAGUUGCUACCUAUAUAAAUAACCAGUAGUACUUCAUGUUUUGAUACCUGCACCUCUGAACCAAAAUUGUAACACAUGUGGUUUUUCCACCAAAAGCUGGAAAGCCUCUCAUACAGACUUAUAUUGAAGACUGCUAAAAAUAAAUACAUUCUGCACUAACUAUUUGGGGAUGAAUUCUAAUUUUCGAUGUAUCAGUGUUACCAUUGUGGAAUUAGGGGAAUUCAUUGCCCAGAAACAUUGCGUGAUUGCAAUUUGGCUUUGUUUUCCGUGAUGGAUUCAUCUUGUUAGCAUAACGAUCUUGUUUAAAACUGAAGCAGCUACAUUCUUCAAAUAACCAUUUGACUACAAUCCUAAACGCAUUUACUUCGGAAGUAGGUUCCCUUGAAAUCAUUGAAUACACUUCUAAGUAAAUGUGGUUAAGAUUUGCCUCAUUUCUGAUGUGUUUCAAAAAAAUGUCUUAAAAUCCAUAUCUUAAAAUGCAUAUUAUUAGUAAAAAAAAGUAUUUGUAUGUUUUUAAUAGACGCAAGGCAACCAGAUAGAAAUUGAAGUGCUUCUUUCUUAGCAGUGACCUCAUGAACUGUUCUUAAAGCUUAAACACUAUUGUGAAUAACGUUCCUCUGCUUGUUCUCUAUCAGUGGUCUAGCUUGUGUCUAACGCUAAUCUGGGAUUUAGCACUACCUGCAUGAGCUGGAAUCAAACCUGACAACAGCCUUGGACCUGCAUGCAGUCUCCUCUCCUCCUCCUGCAUGAUUGCUGAGUUUAAUUCCGCUUUACAUGAAAGAUGGCAUGUUGUGGUGUUUGAUCAGUCGUGGUUUAAAACAGAUUCUGGUUAGUUAAACAAACCAGCUAAGCAAUCUAGGGUUUGGAGUGGCCUUGUUUUGAAACCCUAGUUUGUCUUGAACCACAAUCUAAUGUAACGACAAACCAAACUUCACUAAACUCAGGAGGAGGAGGAGAGAGGAAGGAGAACAGCAGGGGUCCAAGGCUUCACUUGGGCUUGUUCCAGCUUGUGCAUGACAUGACAUUAAAUCCUGACAUGGUGUUAUGCGCGAACCAGGCCAUUUUUUUUAAAAAAAAGAAGUUACACUCCAUAGUGAAGUUUACUAAACUCCUCUGUUGUGUUUCACACACACCCCCACUCAGAUUUUUGUUAUACAGUGCUUGAAGGGCAACAGAUUUGUUGAGAUGAAUGGGAAGUGCUCAUUUGCACCUGAUGAAGAGCUCUGCGUACUCUGCAGUGCACACCUGUAACCUCCUGCAUGUGCAGGAUUCCUUACCUGCUCCAGUGGAGGCAGAAGCUUUGCACACAUUUUUAACCUCCUCCACUGAAGUGAACAGGGGAAAUCUUUGCAGACAUGACUGAUUCAACCAAGCAUCAGAGCUUCCGUUGUCCUGCAAAGGAGCUUCUGUUCUCUUGUGCAGCUCUCAUUGGGCAGUAUCCAGCACUGCUACUCAGCCUCUGCUGGUUCUUUUGCACUCGUGGGGCCCACCGCUUGCACAAAUGAGAAUUAGCUGUUAUAAAAGUAACUUUGAAAACAAGCAGAAAUGCUCAUUUCUAGACUGGGACUGGUCAACAGUCCCAUUCUGCAUCCUCCGAUGGUCUGCACCCUUCCAGAAAUGAGCGUUUUCACUCAUUUUGGAUUGCUUCAGGAACCACUAGGUUCCCAUAUCGCUAGCAGUAAGUCCCACGAGUGCAGGGGGAGUAUUGAGUACUGCCCAUUCUUCAGCGGAGCUUGUGCCUGAAACGGAUCUAUUGAACUCAGAAAAUGUUUGCAGUAAAAAAAGCGAUAAAGCAGCAAAGGUACAGGUCUUUAAGCUUGAAUUUAUUUUUGAAUGCUUCUAAUCUGUCAGGAACUCAAACGCACAGAUCGGACCUGCAUUGCAAUAUUAGCUGCGGUGCAACAAGCCGUUAUUUCCUCUUCAGCAAGAAGCAAAACUCAAGGUUUUCUUUCUUUAAAUUUCUAUUGGAGCCCUGAUGAAUGGCGGGCGAUUAGGAAGAGCAGGCGUUUUUGUAAUCCAUUUUAGAAAACAUUUUUAUCUUAAACAGAACACUGAUUUUGUUGGGAAAUUUGCCUCGAUUAAUUUCCAAAACAUGAAUGAAGUGUUUGUAAAGGCCUCUAUCCAAAGAAAGUUAGUUCCACUGAUGUCUGAGUGCAAUGCACAGGGCAUCGCCCACAUAACUUCCUUUCGAUCUGGGACCAGUGACCUGUUGUUAGUUAACUAUUAAGCAUUUCAGAAAUAACCAAAACAGUUGAAUUUUGCAUUGCCGUUUAUUUUAUUUGUAAGGUGCUGUUAUUAUGUAAAAUACUUGGAACUGUAUUUUGAUUGCCUAUUGUUUAUAUAUUAAUGUAGAUAUUUAUGCUGGAAGUGAAAUAAACUAUA